AUGGGCAACAACAACAACAACAACAAUACUAAUCACGAGGAUGAGCUACAUGAAGCAAGCAUUUUUGGUCUGAAUCUGAAUCUGAAUCUGAAUCUGAAUCUAAACCCAGCCAACUCAUUUAACCAAAAGGCAACAAGCUCGUCAAUUGGCCUUGCCUCGACAUAUAAUCGCUCAUUUCAAAAUCAUACGUCACCACUGGAAAUGGAAGGCUCCAAUCAGAGUCAUGGAUCACAGCUGCAACUGCAAAAGAUUCAAAAGAUUCAACAACCUCCAUACCUACAUCAACUAGACUAUUUUACAAACAAUCAUUUUUCACGGUCAUUCAAUUCUUUGAUUUUGGACGACAAUCUUGAGCCAACGAAAAAGAAAUCAAUUAACAAAUCUCCUCCAUUCAAUGUUAAAAAAGAUCUCAACAACGAAACAAUUGAUUCCAUCCUAUCUUCGGACUCAAACAUUGACAAUGAGACGGACAUCGAUACUAGCGAUAUUGAAAACGUGGACGAUGCAACAUCAAUUGAAGGCUCUACGAGGUUAAACAUCACACCAAAAGAUGUUAAGCGACUGCAAGGGAUGUUGAGCAGGAGUGGACAGCCCAGUUUCAUCAGCCACCGCCAACGACCCUCGUUUGAUGCUAACUCAUCAACAUCAACUAUCAAAUUGCACAACUCACAAAAUUCCAUCAAGAGAUCUUCGAAAUACUUGAAUUUGUCUAUUGAGUCGAGUCUACGAACUAUAACAGGUGGCAAAAUACCAGAUGAGAUUGACGACAUUGACCUAAAUGAAAUUGAUGUGAAACAAAUUAUCGAUUUUUCUUCACCAGUGACAUCAAAUCAUAGCAACCACAACAACAACAACAACAACAAUAAUAAUAAUAAUAAUAAUAAAAAUAAUAAUACAAAUAAUAGUAACAACAGCAUAAUCAUUCCUUCGUCAACAAAUGUAGGUCAAUUUAAACGACCGCACAAGCUCAUUAGUCAAUCUCCUUCGCCUUCACCACAUAAAUACCAAUCAUCGCCUAUUAGGCUACAUUCUCCCUCGCAUUUGGGCUCUAUACGACGAGGACAAGACUCGAAUGCAUUCGAUGAUAGACAAGGUGUUGAAGAUAAUGUUGACGUCACAAACACACCAAGCAGAAGCGAGGAAACUCAAAGGAUAAAGUCACGGAUAUUUGGUCAGGCCACCAAAUUAAGAAAGACACAUCAACCUAUAGAAGUUUGUUCCUCGUUGCGUGGUAAUAGAAUCUUGCCUACUGUACCUGUGGAAGAUGAUGCUGAAAUGGAGAGCCCGUCAAAGAAUAGAAGACUGACUAGUUCAGCAUCCUCGGCUUCUAAUAAUAAAAUUCGCAAUAAUUCUUAUAUAUCGAAUGCCAAAAUACCACUAGUAGUCAAUACAAAUAUUGGUGCAUCAACAAACAACCCCAAAUCAAACUUUGCAAAUAUUCACAGUUCAAAAUUAGAAACAUUAUCAACCGGAAAGGAAAACAAAACUUGUUUCAAUGAAUUUCCAGGAAAAGAAAACCAAGGCUCUUAUCAAUUCGCCAAACCACUUCAAACAGUAUUUAACUCUUCCGGAUUGAUGAAAAAGAGUGCAGCUAUUGAUAACAAACAUUCUGAACGGAAGUUACCACCCGAAACUCCAAUGAAAAGAAAUCCAUUAACUAUUCUAAAUACCAAUAGACCUAGUCACAUGCAGUUUGAAUUCAAAAAAGCAACAAAACAUAAUUUAGAAAAUGCUUUUGAGAGUGACCACUCGAUUGAAGUGGGAAGAGAUGCUCAUUCAUCUAUUUACGAUACCAGUGCUAACUCAACAAUUCAGAAUAAUAGUUAUUUCACGAUCAUGCACUCUGCUUCUAAAUCAUCAGACACGCACGAAACGAAUUCUCAAGACUUGAACAUUCUCAUUUCGUCGGAUGUUGAACUUGAUGAAGUAAUUCCGGAAACCCCAACAAAGCACUCUGCUGCAGCUCAUCAUUUGAACAACAUAAGCCGUAGCUUGCCACCUUGUUCUUUACCUGCUAAGCAACAAGGCAAUCCUCGUGCAUCGUCAGUUCCGUCAAGUGGCACCAUUGCAUUGAGGAAAGCAGGUUUGGCUCCAUUGACACCCAUUGAUCUGGUUUUCACAAAGACACCAUUCUCUGGUCCUAUUGAGUCACCCAACCAUAUUAUAGACACUAAUGAAAUAACACUUCCUUCAUUAUCUAUGAAAACAGCAACAGCUAACAAAAUCGAUGAGCAUUUAGUUAAUAAGUUUGGUAUGAAGAACCUCAAGCUCAUUGGACAAGGCGAAUUCAGCAUUGUUUACGAAUGUACAUUCAAUGGAGAGAAAUUCGCAGUGAAGCGUAACAAGAAAUUGACGAUGGGUAAACUCGAGCGAAAUGCAAUCAAGAGAGAAAUUGAAGCUUUAAGGAAUCUCAACUCUUUAAAGGAGAGUGAUGACGAGGCUAUGAAAGAGGAACAAGAAGGUAAAGAAUAUUUGGUUUAUUUUAUUGAGGCAUGGGAGUUUAAUAAUUACUUUUAUAUCAUGACAGAGUACUGCGAAGGUGGUAACUUGUUUGACUUUUUAGAGGAGCAUAAACAUUACAAGAUGGAUGAGUUUAGAAUUUGGAAGAUACUAAUUGAACUCUUGAAUGGAUUGAAAUUUAUCCACCUGAGAGAUUAUUUGCAUUUGGAUUUGAAGCCAGCCAACAUCUUUAUCACGUUCGAAGGUAGCUUGAAAAUAGGUGAUUUUGGAUUAGCAACGAAACUACCAAUCACAGAUCGAGAUUUUGACCUCGAAGGUGAUAGAAACUAUAUUGCACCAGAAUUGAUUGAUGAAAAGGUUUAUACUCCAUUUGCCGAUAUUUUCAGCUUGGGUUUAAUUAUAUUAGAGAUAGCGGCAAACAUUAUUUUGCCAGAUAAUGGUACUCCAUGGAGGAAAUUGAGAAGUGGUGAUUUAAGCGAUGCGGGACAAUUGUCUAGCGACAACAUAUCCAUGUUUUUGCAGCAUAAGCCGCCUACAGUUGGUUCGUCAAACUCCUCGCAUACAGGUUUCAGUUCGUCAGUAGACUCGAUUGCGUUAAAUGCGCCAGCUGACCCCAAGUUAGGUGGUGAUUCUACUUCCAUGUCCAAAUUGGAUGCGCGUGAGUUAAUACCUUCAUGGGCGCCUUUGUUCUUAGUUGACGGCGAUUUAAAGGUACUUGACCGUUUAGUCAAUGAGAUGUUGAAACCCAAUCCAUUCGAUAGGCCCAGUGCAGGAGAUAUCUUGGCAAUGGAAGAAUGUAUACUUGUUGAGUCUAGACGUAAGUGCGGAGCCACCAUUUUCGAGGGUGAAUUUGGCAGUGCACCAGAUGAAGAGAUGCAAAACUGA